AUACUAUAAAAUCCCCACCAAGUUCAUCUUUUCAGCUCUUUUGAACAUGAUUAAUGAUCCCUAUCAUUGAAAAAUUAAUCCAAUAUUUAAUCCCAAAUUACACACUUUUUCUCUGUAUUCCAUCACAAACUGAGUUAAACUAUUCAACAACCAUCUGCACUUGCAGCAGGUACAAGCAUAAAGACAAAGUCUUUCCCUCUACCCACUUUCUCAUUUUGCUUAUCACAUCUUCACUUCCAAAAAAGAUGAAAUUUUGAUGGAGGAUAAGAAAGUUAACACGAUCGCUGUUAUCUCAGUGAUUGUGUUGAUCACCGUCGUCAUCGUCGCUCGUGUCUCAUUGAAGCUCUCCAGAGCGUUCUUCCUCAUCUGCGGCGCCUCCGUCGCCGUCAUCCUCGCCGUAUUCUCCUGCGUUUUCAUCCGCCACCGUUACCACCGGCGCCGGAGGGUGCUUGAGUCGCAGCUGAAAACAGAAGGCAGAGAGCUUCGAAUCGAGUACAGUUUUCUGCGAAAAGUCGCCGGAGUUCCCACCAAGUACCGGUUCAAGGAGCUUGAAGAAGCCACCGAUGGGUUUCAGGCGUUGAUCGGAAGAGGGUCAUCUGCUUCGGUUUUCAAAGGCAUUCUCAGCGACGGAACUUCCGUCGCCGUGAAACGAAUCGACGGUGAGGAUCGUGGCGAGAGGGAGUUCAGAUCGGAGGUUGCAGCGAUUGCUAGUGUGCAGCAUGUGAAUCUGGUGAGGCUGUUUGGGUAUUGCAAUGCUCCUUCAGCUCCAAGGUACCUUGUUUAUGCGUUUAUUCCAAAUGGGUCUUUGAAUUGCUGGAUUUUUCCUGAAAGGGUUGAAGGAACUCGGGUUCGUCGCGGCGGUUGUUUGCCGUGGAAUUUGAGGUAUAGAGUGGCUAUUGAUGUGGCCAAAGCGCUUAGCUACCUUCACCAUGAUUGUAGGUCAAGGGUUUUGCACCUUGAUGUGAAGCCUGAGAAUAUUCUCUUGGAUGAGGAUUACAAAGCGGUUGUUUCUGAUUUUGGUUUGUCUAAGCUUGUUGAUAAAGAUGUGAGUCAGGUUAUGACAAAUAUUAGAGGAACUAGAGGGUAUUUAGCACCUGAAUGGUUAUUGGAGAGAGGGGUUUCAGAGAAGACUGAUAUAUAUAGCUAUGGGAUGGUUUUGUUGGAGAUGAUUGGAGGGAGGAGGAAUGUGUCAAGGGUGGAGGAUCCUAAGGAAAAGGGUAGGAUGAAAUGGGAGUUUUUUCCUAAGAUUGUGAAUGAGAAGGUGAAGGAAGGGAAGUUCAUGGAGAUUGUGGAUAAAAGGAUGGUGGAGAGAGGGGGUGUUGUUGAUGAGGGUGAGGUGGGGAGAUUGGUGAAUAUUGCUUUGUGGUGUAUUCAGGAGAAGCCAAGGUUGAGGCCUAGCAUGGCAGAAGUGGUGGAUAUGCUUGAACGGCGUGUGAGGGUGGAGGAGCCGCCGAGUAGUAGAAUGAUUCUUGUUGAUUUGCUGUCUGUGGAUGAAGACCCUGCUGAUCAUAAUAAUCUGGCAAGGUUAUUGACUUCUAUGUCAAGCCAUGAAGAUCGUGUAUCUACUUACUCAAUGGGAACCUCUAUUUUAUCUGCCAGAUAAGUGAAUGUUAGAAAUUUUUCUACAGUUGAUUCUAAGAGACAAAAUUUGUUCCGAAAGUAGUUUCUAGACGAUAGAAUUGAUUCUGGGGAAAUAGAAUUCGAUCCACAGAGGCUAUAAGUUUAGUUUAAGCUGCCACACUAAAUUGGGGAUCAGAGUUCCUAAAGCAGUUGAUUCUUGAGGUCUUAGCUUCUUAUUUUUUUUUUGUGAUUAAUUAGUUCCUUCAAUUGUAUAUCUUAAAUCUUUCAAUGAGGAAGUUUUAUAAAGUUUCUCUGUUUUUUUCCUGA